GCUUAAUGUUAUUAAAGGGUAGAGUUUGUGAAGGGAUAUGGUAGAAUGAUAGAAAACAUGGACAUUGUAAAGAGAUUUUUAAUUCAGGUGAGAUAUUUGAAGGAGAAUAUUAGAAUGGGAAGCCAUAAGGUAAAGGAAUUUAUACAAAAAAUAAUGAGAGUUAUGAAGGAUAUUGGGUUAAUGGAUUUAAACAUGGUCAUGGAAUUUGGAAGAUGGGAAAUGAUUUUUAUGAAGGAGAAUGGAAAUUUGGUAAAAUUGAUGGUUAAGGAAUUUACAUUUAAAAUAAUAAUAAAUAUACUGGAAGUUUUCGAAAUAAUUUGAAACAUGGACAUGGAAUAGAAAAUUUUGUGAAUGGGGAUUUAUAUAAUGGAUAAUUUUGUAAUGGAAAACCAGAAGGUUAAGGAACAUAUAUAUGGAAUAAUGGAGCUGAAUAUAGAGGUUUAAAUAUGUUGAAAUAAGAGUAGGAAUGUUUAAGAAUGGAGUUAGACAUGGUAAAGGAGUAUGGAAUAAAUGGGAUCAAUUAAAAGAAGGUCAUUAUGGUUAUGAAGGCAUGUUUGAGAAUGAUAAAAAACAUGGAUAAGGAGUAUUUACAUGGCCAUCAGGAAAUUAUUAUGUUGGCGCUUUUGUUAAUGAUUAUAGACAUGGUUAUGGGGAAAUGUUUUGGAAGGAUCAAUAUUAUAAAGGUUAUUGGGAAAGAGGUAUGUAACAUGGAGAUGGAGAAUUGAGUAUAAAUGGAGUUGUUAAAAGAGGCAGAUUUGAAAAUAAUGUAUUAACAAGUCAUAGAAGUAAUAAUAUAGGGGGAUCUGGUGAAAGUAAUUUCAAAUUAACUAAUAAUUUAAAUUAAACCUUCUCACAUGGUUUAUCAUAACGUAGUAAAUAUAUGCCUGCUAUGGGACAUAAACCUAAAUUAAUUAUGAGAAAGGGAGAUAGAACUAUUAUCUUAGAUUCUUUCAUUAUUACAGAUAUUCCUAUUGAAAAUGAUCCUGAUUUCUUAACUAUUUGUCCUGUACCAUGCUAAUAAAAAAAAAUUAAACCUAAAAUGAAUUUUAGUUAGAUCUUAAAAUAGAAUUUUAGUACUCUAAGAAAAUGA